UCUCUUAGAGAUGAUUUCAUUGAUCUGAAAAAAGCACCAUUUCCAUCCACCACCAUUGCAGAAUACAGAGAAUGAAGGAGUAGUUUCUGCUUCUGGGUCUUGGUUUCGCUUCACAAAAGAGCAAAGGAACAGGGUAAGGACCUAAGUGCAAUGAGGAACCAAAAGUUUUCACGAGUUUCAAGGAAUGACAUCAAAGAAAAAAGAUCAGAGGAGAAAGCAGUUUUAGUGUCAGCAGCCGGUAAAUGUCUUCCUCAGUCUUCUUCAUACAGGAAUAAUAUUGCUAAUGAGCCAUUUGUGGAGGAGUCCGAAGAGGAACCAAGUGAAGUAGAGGAGGAUCCGGAAGAGGAACCAAGUGAAGUAGAAGAGGAUCCAGAAGAGGAAUCAAGUGAGGAAGUAGGAAAUAAGUUAGAAAAAGAACCAAGCGAUGACUUGGAAAAGAAUCCAAAAGAGGAUCCAAUUAAGGAACUGGAAGAGGAAGCAAGUGAGGUGCUGUUGGAACAAAUUGAGGAGCCUUCAGAAUGUGAUGCUCAGUCCUUUUUUAACCAUAACAACAAUUGGAGUGAAGAACUAGUUGAGGUUCCACUAGAACCAUCUCUAUCUGAAUGCCUCUCAGGCACUGAUCCUAACAGUUCAUACAAGAAGAAGAGAUCACCGGAUGCGUUAACUGGCGAGUCAGUUUCCUUGCAACGUUAUCAGUCACAAAAGAAAUAUAGGCAAGAGGAAUCCUUUAAACGAGAAUCAGAAUCUUGGUAUUAUGCUCAUCUCCAUGGUCACUCUAGGCUUGCCAUGACACUUGAUGAUAAAGGUUCUUCUAAACAACAAGAAGGUACAGGGAGUUCUGGAAAACGAAGACGUAGUAGAUGGGACAAAGUAGAGAAUGAUCAGGCUAAUAAAGGAAAGAAAACUAAAUGGAUUAGUGAUGAUUUGCAAUUGAAACAGAUAGGUACACUUCAGUUGCCUUAUUUCCGGAAAGAGCUUGUUGCAGGAUCAAAAUUGGAGUAAGAGAUUCAGAAGUUGAAAGCUGAACUAGUAGACAUAAGCAAAAAGUUGCAGGCAUCUGAGCUUCAUGAUGACAGGCCUAUGGAGGAAAGAUCUCAUUCACUUGAACCAGUGUACAAUUACUUUGGUAUCAGAAUAAAUACAUGCCAAGAACGGCUCCAUCAGAAACUUCUCCAAAAACGUCAACAUAUCAUACCUAAGUUGAUUCAGAAGAAUCCCACUCUUCAACAGCCUUUGGAGAAUAAGUCCUCGAAGCUGUUUAAGAAACUUUACAUACCGGUGAAAGAAUAUCCUACCUAUGUUUGCUACCUACCAAAAAAUGUGGAUGACAACCAAUUAAUAGAGCUGUUCUCUCUAUUUGGUAAGAUUACUAAAGCAAGAGUUUUGAAGAAUCGAAUUACUGGAAUUAGUAAAGGCUUUGGCUUUGUCAAAUUUGAAAAUCAAAUUGAUGCAGCUGCAGCAAUUGCACAUUUGAAUGGGUACAGAAUGGAUGGACAUGCGUUGGCAGUAAGAAUAGCUGGGGCAGCACCAGAAUCCUUGUUGCUGAGCCAUCAUUCACCAUACCGAAGGCCUCCACCAGUUUUUCCAAAUGACACAGGCCAAAUAGCUCACUUGGGUGGACACCAGGUUCAAUACUGUCUAUGCCUCUAACCCCCUUUCCUAUAAGCCAUGGCAUGAAUUUUCUUUCAUCCUCUAUCUAUGAAGAGCAUGUUAAUGUCCUUAGAAGUGAAGGCUUAGACUUUGCUCCUCCGCCAGGCUUGUCAAGCCUCUCUGAUUUACCUGGUUGUAGCAGCCUUCAUUCAUCUUCCAACUCUUCAAACUAAAUUCAAUCCACAUCAGGUGGUUUGAUCGCACGGUUCCCUGGUAAUCCAGAUUAGCCUAGUUCUAGAUUUGAGACAUAUUUUAUGACACCAACAACAACUAUACUAGCAACAUCAACACCUAUGCCAGCUACAGCAACACAUUGUAGUCAGACACCAGAGAGCAAUCUGAAAACUAUUCCUUCACCCAAAACAAGUGCUGAACCGUUGGACACUAACUAAAGUGGUAGCACCAACAUUUUGGCUUUUCUACCACUGUUUCUUUUCAGUUAGUCAAGCAUUUACUUGGUGCAUUGAAUGCGAUGGGUUGUGUCUAGUUUUUAACUGUAAGUUUUUCCAAUGGUGUUCUCACUCUCUUUCUCUCUAAAAAAUAUUCUGACAGUGAGGGAGAGGCAAGAAUUGCAUAGAAAUAUCUUGUCAUCUUCCCUUUUACCUUUGUUAUUUGCUUUUGUUCCAGCCCUUUUGAAAUGUAGUAAUUGGUCUCUGCUUAAAGGCACUGGCCAACCUAGUCAGCAUGAGGGCAUGCAGUGGUUCAGAAAUUCUUGUCAGCAGUUCAUUGCUACAAUAUUUGAGUAAGUGAUCGUUUUAUUCUUGUGCAGUAGCUUAUGAUAUCUAAUUGCCCAUGGGAAUUGUCAACCGCUGCUCUUGUUGGUUAGGAUGUGGUUGAUAAGGACACCUCUCUUGACUUGAAUUUUCUAUAAUGUAGACUGCAGCAAUUCAGUUAACUUCAUCUGUGAUUUUAUUGCUGUAAAAUGCAGACCCAAAAAAAAAAAGGAAGACAGAUAUUUGAAACUUAGAAAUUCUGUGAUUCAUAUGUUUAAUUUUCUUUCCAUAACUACCUGGUGAAGUAUUACAAUCUUUUUGUGAGGGUGAACAAAACAAAUGAAAGAAAAAGUGGAGGAAGAAUUGAUGGUUUGUUCAUCGCAGCAAAUUUGAAGUUCAUCGGAAAUAAAGGUCUAGCGUUUUUUUGUUCCUAACUUUAAUUUGAUUAGUAUUUUCUUUACCAGCAAAAAAUUAGCUACCUUUUUUUUUUAAAUUUUAGAUGCUACAUUUCCAAUCACUGAUUUUUUUCCCACUAGGUUGUUGAAGUUAAAAAGUCUGCCUGAGAAACUCUCUGCUUUGAUAAGACAAAUAGGAACCCAGUGAAUUGGCAGGGUGGAAGUACUAAAAGGGAGCACAUUAAGCCAGCUUAUUAUUACUGGCAUAUUCAACCAAAGAUUGAAAGUGAAAAGCAAGCAGACUACAUCACUCAUUAAAUCCUUGUUACUAACAUGAAGCAAUGUUAAUGGAGGAGCUGGUGAGGUGCUGGUACAAAGCUCCUCAAAAGCAGACCUUCAAAUAUAACUAGUAGUGACAAACCAUGGAAAUAUACAAGAAGGGAUGAAGGGAGAAAACAGUAAUGUAAGCUAGCAUGAGCUUAAGAAAAUCCAACUGGUUUUUACAGGAAUAAGGGUAGUUUGUUUGGCUUUUCUUCGGGUGCUAACUGGCUGCGGAGGGCAGGGGAUCACAAAACAAAAAUCACUGUAAAAUGUAAUAUAUAUAUAUAUAUAUAUAUAUGAACAGAAUGGAAUCUUCCUACUAUGUUCUUGAAAUGGUGAUAAACUGGAAACACAAACCAA